UGUGUGUUUAUUUACUUGGCGCUGGUGUUGAACAGCUCUGGAACGAAUUAAAAAGUUCUUAUUUUUCCGAAGGCAACGUAGUAAGAAACGACUUGUUUUAAAAAUAAAAGUCACUUUAGGGGAAUAAAAUCAAUUUCUCAUACUAUUUGUAUGUAAUUAUCGGGAUUCCUAUCAUUUAGAAAUAGUCUACAAUGGUUGACGAUGGAACGCGUAAAGCGCUGAGUGGCAUCCCGCUGCUCAAGACGAAAGCAGGCCCGAGAGAUAAGGAACUGUGGGUGCAACGAUUGAAGGAGGAAUACCAGGCACUAAUUAAGUACGUGCAAAACAACAAAGCCUCCGACAUGGACUGGUUCCGGUUAGAGUCGAACAAGGAGGGCACGAAAUGGUUCGGCAAGUGCUGGUACAUGCACAAUCUACACAAGUACGAGUUCGAUGUGGAGUUUGAUAUCCCCAUCACGUAUCCAACGACAUCGCCCGAAAUUGCACUGCCCGAGCUGGACGGCAAAACUGCCAAAAUGUACCGUGGAGGCAAAAUCUGUCUGACCGAUCACUUCAAACCACUAUGGGCGAGAAACGUUCCAAAGUUCGGUAUUGCACACGCAAUGGCACUGGGGUUGUCGCCCUGGCUAGCGGUCGAGGUUCCGGAUCUAAUAGAGAAGGGCGUCAUAUCGUACCAAGAGAAGGGCGCGUCGUCCGGUUAGGGAAAAUCCAUCCUCCAUCCGUUCCACUGACCCCGAUAAACCUCCUAAAGAUGCGUUUCCUUUUGUAUUUACUCGUUUUUAUCAUUAAUAAUUGUUGCUACACGAUAGCAAACGCUUAUAUUUACUUUUCCGUCUGUCCGUCAAAGUCGGGUAAAGGCGUCGGAAUAAACGAAAACGAAGCAAACUGAUUGGUAAA